AUGGCAAUCCCAGCAGAAGAUAAAGCUCCCAUUCCGGAGAUUGCCGAGUCUCAUUAUGCCUCGGGAUCGAUCGACACAGUCAUCGCGGAACCGGCUUUUGUGGCAUCCAGCAACGAGAAAAAGUUGGAACCGGUCAACCGGGAGGUCUCGACAAACUCCUCUGAUGAUGAGUAUGAGUUUCCAACUGAGGAAGAGAGCGAGAUCCUUCGUAAGGUCCCUGGAAAUUUGCCUCUGGUUGCCUUCGCUCUUUGCUUAGUGGAAUUCGCCGAGCGAGCAUCCUACUAUGGAGCCAAGACGGUCUUCUCCAACUUUGUUGAGUUUCCACUGCCCAAAGGCGGCAAUGGUGCUGGUGCACCCCCACGCCACACGCAAGAGACUGCCGGCGCCUUGGGACUGGGUCUCCAAGCAGCAUCAGGCUUAACCCUCCUCUUCAUCUUCCUCUCAUAUGUCCUCCCAAUCUUCGGUGGUUGGUGGGCAGAUGUUCAUGUUGGCCGUUACAAGGCAAUCGUCGUGGGCGUGGCAAUUUGCGGCGCUGCACAUGUCAUUCAAGUCUUCGGUGCUAUCCCAUCUGUCCUCCAAAGAGGCGCCUCCAACUCAGCUCCACCAUUCGUCAUCGGCAUGGUUUUGCUAUCAGUGGGUGCAGGAAUCUUCAAGCCUAACAUUGCCCCCACGAUUCUGGACCAGAAUCGCCAGAAGAAGGCUUAUAUUAAGACUCUUAAGUCCGGGGAGCGCGUCAUUGUUGACCCCGAGUCGACAACUACUCGCACUAUGCUUAUAUUCUAUGGCUUUGUUAAUGUCGGUGCUUUUUUCAUGCUGGCAACUACUUACUCAGAGAAGUAUGUUGGUUUUUGGUUGUCUUUCCUGCUGGCAGGACUUAUUUAUUUCUUGCUUCCGAUUCUCCUGUUUGCCGUGUACAAGAAGACGUACAAGCAACCACCGGCUGGAAGCUCAGAACUUUCGCGAGCUGUGAAAAUUUCGGGAGUCGCGUUGCGUCAAAACAAGUUUCGAGUGUGGCGUAAAGACUUUUGGGAGGCUGUAAAGCCGGCGAAUUUGCGUGAAAAGGGGAUCAUUGUUGACUGGACGGAUAACAAUGUCAGGGACGUGUCUAGGGCAGUCAGUGCUUGCGAUAUAUUCUGGUUCUACCCCAUCUGGAACAUGAAUGACGGCGGCAUCGGUUCCGUUUCAUCAAAUCAAGGCGCUUCCAUGGUCACCAAUGGUGCACCAAACGAUGUCCUCAACAACUUCAAUGCACUGACCAUCAUCUUCGUCGUCCCCAUAAUGACAUACGUCGUAUAUCCAACCCUACAGCGCCGCAACAUCAAGUUCGGACCCAUCAGCCGCAUCACUUUUGGCUUUUUCCUCGCAACCCUCGCCGGCCUCGCCGGGACACUCGUCCAAUGGCGUGUAUACGAGCUCUCCCCUUGUGGCUACUAUGCCUCAACUUGCGAUGAAGUAGCCCCCAUUAGUAUCUGGUGGCAACUUGCGAAUACCAUCCUCAGCGCCCUCAGUGAGAUUUUCGCGAACGUGACUGCUUAUGAAGUUGCUUAUGCGCGGUCUCCCGAGGGCAUGCGGGGCUUGGUUAUGGCCAUCUUCCUGUUCAUGAAUGCGUUGUCGAGCGCGAUCGGUGAAAUCAUGCUUCCUGCGACUAAGGAUCCGUGGUUGUUGUGGAUUUGGGGUGCGCCGACUGUUGCGCUGGCGUUGCAGACGGUUAUUUUCUGGUUCAGGUUCAAGCAUUUGAAUGAUGAGAAGUAUUAUGUUACUUCAGUGGAGAAUGAGUCUGCUGUCGAGGAUGUGGAAAAGAAGCCUGGUGUGUCUGUUUGA